AUGGUAACAACGCGAUCCCAGGAAAAGAAGUCCCAAAAAACUCCCAAGUCCCUUCCUUCAAGCUCUCAGAAUGGCUCUUCAGAGUCUGCAGCUGCUAUUGUUAGUACGCCAACGCGACAGGAACCUGAAAGCAGCCCUAGAUUCUUCACGCCCGCAACAUCGAAAAAACCGCGCUUGUCCAAUGUCACCGUCCUGAUUGAGAAGGCAGGCGCGACUGACACCGCUAAACAACAUGAUGUUGAAGAAGAGCCGACACGGGGCCAUCAAUCGACCGCUACUUCUUCCGAUCAGCCAGAAACAACGACACCAACGGCCAGUGCUAAGGGGCUUGAUGAGACUGUUAUGCACUCAGUUGAUGAGGAAACUCCUUCGAGUUCGGCACAGAACCCGUCUGUGGAAAUCAACCUCAAGCUACCAGAGCGUCUUAAACCCACGGAGAAAUACUUCACUCCGAUGACGACAAACAAACGCAAACGCUUCAAUAGCGAAGGCCUGGAUGACUCGACGCAGGAAUCUUUGGUUGUGGAGGAGCAGACUCCGACUCAGCCAGGCGGGCAAGUGCGGGAGGUUCCGGACACCGAUGACGACGACGACGAUGAUGCUCCUGAGACUAUUAGCAGUAAAGUUGCUGCGCGACAGGCUCUAAAAGGAAGGACGCCGCCUUCGCGAGGCUCUGCCAGGAAGAGGCAAAAAACUACCACCCAGCCGACGACCGGAGUGACACCGUCGGAAUCAGCAACGGAGCCCGCGUCUCAGAAAGAGCAAGAUGGGUUGUCUCACUCGCCGUCUGCACAGCUGGAAAAUGAGUCUGCUGUAACUCGCAAUUCCACGACUUCUGUCAUCGAUCCGGACGUGAAGCCAAGCGCCGAUACGACUGGAGAUACGCCGUUCCCAAGCAAUAAUGACCAAGAAAACCAGGCCGAUGCAGACUUGGUGAGCACUAAUUCGACAGCUGCAGCAGUGGCUUCUACGACCAAUGACGCGGAGACUACGGUGGCGUCUGUACAGCUGGACGCAUCUGCUUCCGUCGGUGCAGAGAGAGGAACUCCUGACGACGGCCGGCAAGACAACCUAUCUACAUCGCAAGCGAACCCCAGCGUCGACCAGGACUCCCAACCGGAGACUACGUCUUUUAUUUCAGCGGCACCAAUCCGGGAAGAUGCAAACAGCAAAGAAGUCAGGCGGUUUACGACGGCGGGUCUGGACUCUAGGGAUCAGGCGCAACGAUAUGAACUCUCACUAGCUCGAACAGGGACUUCAGCCAAGCCAUCCCGCUCGCACCGACAAGUGCCUCGAAUGCCAAUGCCAGAGACCAAAGCGAAGAUGUCGUCGUUACAAGAGUACCGCAAGACGCUCAUGAAUCGGCAUCAACGCACUUCGAAUUUUGGUCAGCGCCGUGUCAAGUUUGUCGGUGUAUGA